GUCCAGGCCUUCAACUCUCUCUCUCAAAAAUAAAAAAAAAAUUGUCUUUUUUUAGUUUACAGAUUCAACUUAGCAGCUUCAGUAACAAUAGGCAGAACUCACUUUUGGUGGGGUUUGGGAUACUAGUUUACUUUGGGGAAAAGCUUUGAAAUGUGGAGAUCCGAGUGAAGAAGAAAGCUAGGGUUUAGUUUAGCUUGGGAGACUUUGGGUGUUUAUGAAUGUGAAAAAGAAGCAAGAUCUGAUCUCCAUGAGGCAGUUCUGAGUAAAGGGUCGUUCCCUGUUCUCCUGGAUGUUUAUUUUAACUUAAGUUGAGAAGCUCCUGGUGGAGGAAGGGGGGUGGGGGUGGGUAAGUUCUCUUUUUCCUUGUAGCUAUGGCUGUUGCACCACUUCUGAAUAUACUUCAGUAACAAGGGUUAUUUGUGUUUUCCGUUUCAAUUACUCUUUUUUCUUCGGUGUUUUUUGAGAAAGAAGAAACCCCCAUUUUUUCUGUUUUGAGAUUUGAAGAAUGAGGCUUUCUUCGACAGGGUUUAAUCAGCAAACUGAGGAAGUGAAAACUUUUUGUAUAGGGGAGAAGAAAUGUUUGAAUUCCGAACUUUGGCAUGCGUGUGCGGGUCCUCUGGUGUCUCUGCCGCCUGUUGGAAGCCGUGUUGUAUAUUUUCCUCAAGGCCAUAGUGAACAGGUUGCUGCUUCGACCAACAAGGAAGUAGAUGCUCAUAUACCAAACUAUCCGAGCUUACCCCCACAGCUUAUCUGUCAGCUUCACAAUGUGACUAUGAAUGCAGAUGUAGAAACAGAUGAAGUUUAUGCUCAAAUGACCUUGCAGCCUCUGAGUCCGCAAGAGCAAAAGAAUGUGUACCUACUGCCUGCAGAACUCGGUACUCCCAGCAAACAGCCAACCAAUUAUUUUUGUAAAACACUGACAGCAAGUGACACAAGCACUCAUGGCGGGUUUUCUGUUCCUCGUCGGGCUGCUGAAAAAGUCUUUCCUCCUCUUGAUUACACCCUGCAACCUCCUGUUCAGGAGUUAAUUGCCAGGGAUCUUCAUGAAAAUGAGUGGAAAUUUAGGCACGUAUUUCGCGGCCAGCCAAAAAGGCAUCUUCUUACAACUGGGUGGAGUGUUUUUGUUAGUGCAAAGAGACUUGUUGCUGGUGACUCAGUCCUUUUUAUAUGGAAUGAGAAGAAUCAAUUAUUGCUGGGUAUCCGCAGAGUAAAUCGUCCUCAGACUGUGAUGCCUUCUUCGGUUUUAUCAAGUGAUAGCAUGCACAUCGGUCUUCUUGCUGCAGCAGCUCAUGCAGCUGCAACCAAGAGCCGUUUCACUAUCUUUUACAACCCAAGGGCUAGUCCUUCAGAGUUUGUCAUUCCUCUUGCCAAGUAUAUUAAAGCAGUCUAUUACACCCGGGUUUCUGUAGGCAUGCGGUUUAGAAUGCUUUUUGAGACAGAAGAGUCAAGUGUCCGCCGAUAUAUGGGUACGAUAACUGGCAUUAGUGACUUAGAUCCUGUUCGCUGGUCAAAUUCGCAUUGGCGUUCUGUUAAGGUUGGCUGGGAUGAAUCCACAGCAGGAGAGAAGCAACCAAGAGUGUCCUUGUGGGAGAUUGAACCAUUAACAACCUUUCCCAUGUAUUCAUCACCCUUCCCCAUGCGUCUGAAACGACCAUGGCCGUCUGCGCUACCCUCUUUCAAUGCUUUCAAAGAUGGUGAUAUGAACAUCAAUUCCCAACUGAUGUGGCUUCAAGGAGGGGUUGGAGAUCAAGGACUUCAGUCUUUAAACUUCCAAGGUUUUGGAGUUUCACCCUGGAUGCAGCCAAGGCUUGAUACUUCUUCAAUAACAGGUGUCCAAUCUGAUCUUUACCAAGCUAUGGCUGCUGCUGCAUUUCAGGAAAUGAGGACAGUUGAUUCAUCGAAAAUAGUCUCUCAAUCUCUCUUACAAUUCCAGCAACCACAGAGCACAUCCAGUGGGUCGCCCGCUCUAAUUCAGAGGCAUAUGUUGCAGCAGUCUCAAACAGAAAAUGUUUUUCUUCAGGGUUUUCAGGAGAAUCAGACUUCUUCCCAGGUUCAGCUUCUGCAGCAGUUGCAGCGUUCCAAUUCGUACAAUGAUCAGCGCCAACAGAAGCAACCACUGCAACAGCAACAGUUGCAGCGUUCCAAUUCGUACAAUGAUCAGCGUCAACAGCAACAGGCUCAACAAACACUUCAACCACCACAGAUGUCUGAUCAACAGCAGAGUUCUAAUGUAAUCCCCACUUUUCCUAAAGUAUCAACCAGCCAGGCCCAGUCCUCAUCUCUGCCAGCUGAUGCUUCACAAUGCCAGCAGCAGACAUUUCCAGAUCAUCCUGGGAACUCUCUCGCCACAUCUAACGUUUUGUCAAUGCAAAGUAUCUUAGGUUCAUUAUCCCAUGCUGGAGCUUCCCAUUUACUCAGCUUAAAUGGAUCAAACCCAAUUAUCUCUUCUUCUGCUUUGUUGUCCAAGGCAGUACCUAUUGAACCACAACUUUCAUCUGAACCUGCUAACUAUGUACUGCCCCAGGUUGAACAGCUAGGAACUGCACAGUCAAGUGGACUUUCUAACCUAUUGUCUCCAUUUCCAGGAAGAGAGUAUUCUGCUUACCCUGGUUCAACUGAUCCACAGAACAAUUUUCUGUUUGGUAUUAGCAUUGAUUCCUCGUCGCUUAUGCUGCAGCAUGGGAUGCCAAAUCUGAAAAAUAUUGGAAAUGAAAAUGAUUCAUUGUCUUUUCCAUAUGCUGCUUCCAAUUUCACAAGUGCUUCUGGCACAGAUUUUCCUCUUAAUUCAGACAUGACUACCUCAAGUUGUGUGGAUGAAUCAGGUUACUUGCAGUCUUCUGAAUAUGUGGACCAAGUAAACCCUCCAACUGGAACCUUUGUUAAGGUUCACAAGUCAGAGUCCUUCAGCCGCUCAUUGGAUAUAUCCAAGUUCAGCAGCUAUAAUGAGCUGCGCUGUGAGCUCGCUCGAAUAUUUGGUCUUGAAGGCCAACUGGAGGACCCUCAGAGAUCAGGCUGGCAGCUUGUAUUUGUUGACAGGGAGAAUGAUAUUCUUCUCCUUGGUGAUGACCCUUGGCAGGACUUUGUGAACAAUGUGUGGCAUAUCAAGAUACUAUCUCCGCUUGAAGUGCAACAAAUGGGGAAAGAAGGCCUGAAUCCUGCCCCAUCUGACCCAACCCAAAGGCUCAGUCACCACCAAUAGCCGCAACCACUGCGUUGACUACAUAAGCAGACAGGAGUUGUAGAAGUUGUGGUAAUGGAAUUGCAUCUACGGGACUCUUGAAUGCUCCCUCGAGGCUGAAUUUAGGGAACUGGAAAUGAAUGUCGUACCUGGUUGUUUGUUUUAUGUGAAAGCAUGUGUGUUCAAAAUCUACUCAGUGUAAAUUAUAAUAGGAAAUCCUUGUAACACGACAUUAUUAUGGUACCCAAGAGGCUAAGAGCACAGGUUUUUAUAAGGGAUAAUUGCAUUAUGGUAUCAGCAAUAGUGGUUGGCGACUUGCCGUAUUAUCAAUAGUUUUAUGACAUUAUUAUUUCCUCCA